GUUCUCUCUCUGCAGCUGCUGUUAGAUGAAUCCAAGCUGCUCAUGGCACCCUCUGAGAACUUCAGAUCUUUACUGCAUCCUGGUCCUGUUCUACCAGUGCUGAACCCAUGAGCACGAGUGCCAGAAAACCCAUCAGCACCCAACUUGAAUACUUCCACAUUGAAGCUGGAUCCUGGGGUAAAAUCGUUUUGAGUUUUAAGGAAACCAUGAGCAAAUCAAAGACUAAAAAUGAAAAUAAGACUGAAAAGGCUUUGGCUGCGGAGAAAGAACAGUUCAGUAAGCAACAGCUCCAGAGCAUCAGUAAAACCGUCGCCUCGGCUGAAGUACCGCCCAAAGAGAAAUAUGUGCGCAAUAUCAUCUUGGGAACUCACAAGGAGGGGGGAGCCACCACCUUCUGGUCCUACAUCCUGAAUUUGCCUCUGUCCAGCAACUCCAUAGUCAGCUGGAAGUUUUGCUACCUGCUGCACAAAGUGCUGAGGGACGGGCACCGAAAUGCUGUUGCAGAUUCUCACAGAUACAGCCGCAACAUGAAAGACAUGGGGGUUCUGUGGGGAAACCUGCAUGAUCGAUACGGCCACAUUGUUGCCUUAUCUGCUAAAUACUUACAUCUCAAAAUAGAAUUUCAUGCAAAGCACAGGGUAAUCCCUGCUAACCUGGAGGCCAGUGAUGAGACACUGGAGAGGGAAGCAGGAACUGAAGUGACCCAACUGUUAGAUAUGACUCAGGAGCUGCUGGAUUACUUGGAUGCUGGACUGAAGAUGGCCGAGACAGCUCUCCGUCAGAUGGAUGCCAAUGGAGCCAAAUCUACAACUCCUGCUGGACAGUGCAGACUGACUCCUCUCAUCCCCCUCAUACAGGACUGCAGCUUCCUCUACCACUUCUCUGUCCGACUUAUGUUCAAACUUCAUAGCCGUAUCGCUCCUGAUGUUCUUCUUGGACAUCGAGAGCGAUUUCGUGAACUUUUCACAAGCCUCUCACAGUUUUUCAACCGAGCCAGGGAAAUUGAAUUCUUUAAAACAAUGAUCCAGAUCCCAGAUCUCCCAGAUGGUCCUCCAAACUUCCUCCGAGCAGCUGCCUUAGCCGAGUAUAAAAGGCCGGUGGUGGUGAUUCCCAAUGAAGAUCAUCCAGAGGAAGAGGAGGUGGAUCAGCAGCCUGAAUUUAGAGUAGUGCCUCCGGUGCCACAGCACUAUUUUCUGAGCCAAAUGGGAGCACCUGAAUCUUCCCCGGAGCAGAGAGAAACUGGGAGCAAUGGUUGGAAGAAGGAACCUGAAGUUCUGAAACCAGAGAUAGAGCUCAUCAAGAGUGAGGCUCAGAGGUGUGUAUCUGAGUUAAGGGCUCAGGUGAAUCUCCUGGAAGCUGAAAUGGAAGAGCAGCGCACCAGCAAACAGGUAGCUCUGGUUGAAAAUGAACAUCUGCGAAUGGAGGUGGAGGCUUUACGCAGUGCCAAUGUUGCCAAUGUUGGAGCUCAAAUUGGAUACAAGGAAGCAGACAGUAGAGCUCAAGCUGCAGAGAUCCGUUUCACUCAGUUAAAAGAAAGACACGCGGAGCUAGUCACAAGUCAUGCUGAUCUAAUGAAGAAGAAUGCAGAAACGGUGAAGAUGCUGUCAAGUACAAAACAAGCUGAGGAUCACUUACUGAGAGCCAAAGAACAGUUAGAAAGUGAAAUAGAAAGUCUGCGACAGGAGCAAAGAAACAUGGUGAAUCAGCAGCAGCAGGAGGCAGAGCACCUGAACAAAAAACUGUUGGAACAAAAAGCAGAGAUGGUCCAACUGCGUGGUARUUUGGAGGAGAAGGAAAAGGUGGGAGCUCAGGUGACCAGCAGUCUUGCAGCUCUGCAGGCAGAGCGGGAUGUGUUGCUUCUCUCUGCAAAAGAAAAAGAUGCAGAGCUUACCUCCCUCAGACAACAGGCCCAGCAACAGCAGAGCUCUUUGGAACUGGAGAAAAAUCAGACCAGCAGAGAAAUGGAGGCCCUAAGAGCCCAACUGCAGCAGCAGAUUACCAUAAAUGCAGAACAAAGGUUGGAAAUUGACCAGCUGAAACGAGAGCUGAACUCUACACGAGCAGAACUGACCCGAGUGAACAGUUUGCUGCAAAGCAAAGAUCUGACUGGCACACAGCUGAACAGCACAUUGGCAGGGCUCCAGGCAGAGAGGGAGGUGUUGCUGCGAACGGUUCGAGAGCAGGAUGCAGAGCUGAACUCUCUGAGACAACAAGCUCAGCUCCAGCAGAGCUCCCUGGAGCAGGAGAGGCAGAGAAGCAGCAUGGAGCUGGGCAGCCUACAUAUGCAGCUACAGCAACAGGCCUGUCGAGAAGGUGAGCUGGCCAAGAAGCUGCAGGAUGAGCAGUUCUGUCUGCUGCAGUGUGCAGUGGUGGAGGCUGAGGGCAUCAUACUGGACGCUGUGGCUAAACUGGAUGACCCCAUACAUGUCCGCUGCAUCAGCUCUCCUGAUUAUUUGGUGAACAGAGCUGAAAUCACUUUAGCUUCUAUUGAUAAAAUGCAGCAGAGCCAUCUGGCCUAUCUCGGAAACAAAAAUGAUGCCAGUGGCUUGUUGAGAGCCGUCACGCAGUUUUCUCACCUUGCCGCUGACACAAUUGUCAACGGUGCAGCAACUUCACACUCUGCUCCGACCGAUCAGGCUGAUAGUUUAACUGACAACUGUCAAGAAUUUGCGAAUCACUGUCUUCAGUUCUUGAAGGAUCUAAAGUUUCAGCCCAGUUUACAAAAAGCAAACCCGUCUGCGACACGUUACUCGGUUCAGCGCAUCCUCUCUAUGGGACAGGAUUUGCGCCCAAAAGGGCAGGAUGUGCUGAAAGAGGAGCUGGGAAGCAUGGUGGAUAAGGAAAUGAUUGCCACAUCAACUGCCAUUGAGGAUGCUGUGCUGAGAAUGGAUGAAAUUCUAACACAGGCGAAAAAAGAUACUUCUGGUGUAAAACUGGAGGUCAACCAGAGUAUCCUGGCAUCCUGUUCAGACCUGAUGAAGGCUGUCCAUAUACUGGUGACUUCUGCUACAGAUCUACAAAAAGAUAUUGUUGAAGGAGGCAGGGGAGCUGCAUCUGUUACAGAAUUUUAUGCCAAAAAUUCUCGCUGGACUGAAGGACUCAUUUCAGCCUCUAAAGCUGUGGGCUGGGGGGCAACUCAGCUGCUGGACUCAUCCGAUCGAGUUGUUGGUGAAAAAGGAUCAUAUGAGGAGCUCAUUGCCUGUACACACGAGAUAGCUGCAAGCACUGCUCAGCUUGUUGCUGCCUCCAAGGUUUAAUGGACUUCUCUGGCAUGUCAUUGAUUAAGCUGAAAAAAGAAGAAAUGGAGGCUCAAGUGAAGGUAUUGCAACUUGAGAGCCAACUGGAGCAGCAGCGAAUCCUUCUUGGUGAGCUGAGGAAAAAACACUAUGAGCUUGGAGUUUCUGGGACCAGCACUAAAACCGAAGAUGACUUUCCUCCGCCACCACCACCUACUCUGUUGAACUCCACCCCAGGAUCUCAGGCCUUUGUACAGGCACAGCCAUCUACAAGCUCCCAGAAUCUCUCACAAAUCACAACAGCUUUCUCUUUGCCCCAGUCUUACACGCCAACAAAUCCCUACACACCUUGUCAAACUUACACACCUUCACAAGCCUACACACCUUCUCAAACUUACACUCCAUCCCAAACUUACACACCUUCACAAACCUACACACCUUCUCAAACUUACACUUCAUCCCAAACUUACACACCUCCACAAACUUACACACCUUCUCAAACUUAUACUCCAUCUCAAACCUACACACCAUCACAGACCUACGUUCCACCUCAAUCUUUCAUUCCAUCUCAGURAUACAAUUCUAUGCCUCCCCAGAGUUUCAUACAAUCUCAGCAUCAUUCAGCGUCACAGGCUGCAUCCCUUCCAUCCAGCUUCAGUGAGCCUAAGCCAUCUUCUCAGCCUCAGGCUUCACAGCCAAGCCAUGCUGAGCAAACCAAACACAGUUUCAAGAAACCAAAUAUCUUCACUAAAUCUGGAAACCUCCUGAAAAAUGCKUUCAAACGAAGUGAAACUGGAACUGGAGCUGGGGAGUCCUAAAAAUUUACCAUUGACCUAAGGGAGAAAUGUCUUCUUUGAUUUUGUCAUCUUAAUCUAAACACUUGUUUUAUAAAACUUUACAGAAAUCUAAAAGCAACUUUUGUUAGUGCUCUAAGUUUUACAAUUCAGUGACAAUAAAAUGUUUUUCUGAUCAUACUGAUGCAUGUACAAUAUCAUAAACAAUAUCAUAAAAUUACAAACUUUU